AUGCAUGAAAAGGAUCUGCUUGUAGGACAGAAAAAGAAUGUGGAAGGAAGGCCAGCUAGAGAGAACGUAGACUCUGGAGUGGCUCAGUCCAGACAAAGGAAAGAUGAGCCCUGUUCUACUGAGCCAAAGACUCAUGAAAUUGCAGAAGUGGGUGAUGUGGUAAUGGCCUCAGGGUCCAGUGCUGGUGCCAAUACUCCACCUGUUAAAGAGGGUAAUGAGGUACUAGCCACAGUAUCCAGAGUUGGUGCAAACACUCCACCUGCUAAAAGGGGAACCUGCAGAGCCUCUGUCAGCAUCAUCAACCCUAUUAAACCAGGCAUCUUGCUGAUGCUGAUUAAAACGAUCCCUUGCUUUCCUCAGAUGGCGGAAAGAAAAUUCUUGGUUUCCCAGCUGACACAUUGCCUAAGGGAGGAUCGGGUUCAGCUCUGGAAAGCCCCAUACACCACAGAAGAGCAGGAGGCUGGACCUGAGCUGAAGGAGCUGUCUCAGAAAUACGUCGAGAAGCUGAAAUGCAGCGUGGAAGAUAUAGCCGGUGCACUGGAAGAAAUCCGCUGCUCUGCAAUACAACGCGGCAUCGGAAAUGAAAAUUUUAAAACAAAAGGGUUGGCGUCUUUACAAGUCUUCUUACCUCGCAAACUUAAUAAAGGAUCCAGAAACUUCGUGGAAACGUCCCUUAAUAUCACAGGGAAGGAGUUGAAAUUCCAAAUUGCUGAACAAUAUGGAGUAGAAGAAGGUCACCUAAAGAUAAUUGUUAACAGGAAGCAGUUGGAGACAGGUCUAAGAAGUUGGCCCGUUUUAAAAGUUGAGAGCAUAGCGUAUAGCCGUCUUCUGAGUCUUCUGAGGAUGUGGUACGGGAUAAUAGAUCUGUGA